GUGGCAGUGACACCAAUCCUGAGCCACUGAGGAUCAUCCUGGUGGGAAAAACAGGAGCUGGGCGAAGUGCAACAGGAAACAGUAUCCUGGGGCAGAGAAUAUUUGAGUCCAAGCUGGGAUCCCAGGCAGUAACUAAGAAAUGUCAGAUGGAGACUGCGAUUUGGAAUGGGAGAAGAAUCUCGGUGAUUGAUACUCCUGCCAUCUGUGAGUCAGGUGCCUGGACUGAAGAGCUAUAUAAAGAAAUUGGAGAGUGUUACCUUCUUUCCUCCCCAGGUCCUCAUGCAUUUGUCUUGGUGACUCAGAUUGGUCGCUACACUACACAGGAUAAGGAGGCACUGAGGAAGGUGAAGACGAUCUUUGGAGUAGAAGCCAUGAGACAUCUAGUCAUGCUUUUCACUCGUAAAGAAGAUUUAGGGGGAUCUUUAGAUGACUAUGUAACAAAUACUGAUAACAUUCACCUACAAUGGGGUAUCCAAGAAUGUGGCAAGCGAUUUUGUGCCUUCAACAACCGAGCCACUGGGGAGGAACAGAAGGUCCAGGUGGCAGAGCUGAUGACUAUAAUUGAGAAGAUGGUGGAGGAGAAUGAAGGCAACUAUUAUAGCAAUGGCCUUUACCUUUAUGCUGAGAUCUUUCAGUCAUGUGACAGUAGAGAGUCUGAAGAAAGCUACCAAAACUACUUAAGACAAGUGAAAUUUGAAAUUCAAAAGCAGACAUUGGACUUAAUAGAGGAUGAGAGUAACUGUAUUGUCCUGGCAUUUGUGAAGGCACAAAAAUGGAUUUCUUCCCAUCUUAGGAUCUGCUUUUGUCUUUUGUUCUUUUCCUUGACUUUUAUUGCCAUCAUAGUUGCCAUCUGUACUUCUCGAAUAGACUAAGUAAUUUUCUAAGGUGGUGUUUAAUAAUAAUCACUGGAAGAGGUA